AUUUUUACGUUAUUUCAUAAUGUAGGAAAAAGACAAAAAUAUGUUAACUUGAGCGUAAAUAUCAUGAAUCUCAAAAAAACAUGUUUUGGUCAUUCUCCUGUGCUAACAACAUAAGGUGCUUCAGUUAAAAUGAGUUAAGUUAAAAUAUACUUAAUGCAAUUUAUGUUUACCUUAAAAAUAAGUCAAUGUUCAGUUUUUAAAUUAUACUUUUUUAGAGAACAAAUUGUGAUUUAUGACAUGACAUACAUCCUUACACUUAAAAAAAUACUUACUUACAUAGAUACCUAUUGUAAAUACAAAACUAUAUUUAUCUGGUCGUUUCAAGAUAGCGUUACCUAUUUUUCUGUAAAAUUUGACGAAUAAAGAGUUAUAUUCAAUAAUUUUACUGUUUUAUUCAAUUAAAGUUUAUGUUAGGACAACAUAUACCCCCCACAACAAUAAAAUGUUGCAGAAUCUAGAUAAUCUUAGGCAAGUAACUAGUCGUGUAGUCACCUGUAUUGUGGUAAAAAGCAACAACAGGUAAGUCAGCACAGUAAAACAAUGAGUGAAGCGAAACUUGGAGCGGAAGUACCUAAGUACCAACUUAGUUGAGAUAAUAUAGAGGAACUCAGUGAGAAAAAACGUGUUGCGUGGAGAAGACCGUUGUGAAGAACAUCUAUCUCUUCUGCUUUACAACAAACUAUAUAACUAACUAUCAAACUUGGGACAGAUAAGUCAGCUAAUAUGAUAAACCUACUCACUAAAGAGUAAUGGGUAAGUAUACCUAUGAUAUGGUUUCCAUUACACUAUUGCUAAUGCUACCAAACAUUGAUAGUAGGUAGGUAAGUAAUUAUUAAACAUCGCACAUAAAUACGUAGCAGGUAAUCUAAUACAUCACACUACUGUUUGUUUUUAUAAAUUCGAUCUCCUAUCUAUAUGUAUGUAAACGUUGAAUAGUUAGUUCUAAAGUUACAUAUACACUAGUAGUACUUAUACGAACAUUAACUUGUCUAUCUACCCGAUUCUACUAUCGCCCUUGCCUAAUACUAUAAACUACCUAAAGGAAAACGAAAACACAAGUUUUUCCACUUAACUACUUAAAUAAAGAAGGCACUGGGCCUCAGCAUUGCCCAAUGUUAUGCUAAGCAAGACCAGAAGAGGGGUAUCAGGGAAUGUUCGCAGUACUUUCAGUUUCGUUGCAGCCCGCACUACGCUUGCACGCAUUGAUUACGCAACGCACCUCGCCGCCGCCGCGCCGGUUUGACAGCCCGCAUAAUAACCGACCAACUGACACACUUUUAAAAUUAAACUCGUAUCUCAACUAAUAAAUAGGCAUCCUUUAUCAAUGGUAAUAAUAGGAAAGAAUUAUUGGCACGAAAUUACUCAGUUAACAUAACGGGAAAUUGAAGAAGUUACUUUUAAAAACAUUGAAAUUGUUAAUUUUCCCGCCGUUUCAUUGACAGUAAAUAAGCUAGAAAAUACCCAAAACUUUAGUCGGGCUUUCUUUUGUGGGGUGUUUUCUACGUUAUGGAUAAAAUGGUGCACAGAAGACAGUGUUUUUAAUGGUUUCAAUAAGUGAUGUGUUUUUUCAGUGAAGGAUUUGAUACGAAAGCACCAUCUGUCGUAAAGGUGGAGGGCGUCGCGCGGGCAGCAUGGCUGAGAGCUGCGCCGGCGGCGGGGGCGGCCGGCAGCCCCCGCCGCCCCCGCCGCUGCCGCCCCUGCCGCCCCCACCGCCGACCGCCCCCGCGCCCAAACCUCCCAGCCUGCCAGCCCCACCUACUAGUCCACCAACCCACCAUCAAACUCGCCCCCCGGCUCCUCUACCCGAAUCCAACCUCGCAGCACAAAUACGGGCGGCGCAAUCACGGCUGCACAGUCAAGAGAAGGAGGAUAAGCCCGUCCCACCGUCAUCCCACCUGUCUCAGCUUCAGCAGGAGAUCUUGCGGCGCGUGCAGAACCGCGCGUUGCCGCAGCCGCCGGGCCAGGAGCGCGAGAGCCAGCGCCAGAGACAGGUCAAGGAGAUUAGCGAGAGCGUCCGGCGCUCGCAGAACCGCGCGCGGCUGCAGGGCUUCAAGGCGAGUGUCCUGGUCCCGGGCCCGGAGCCGGCCGCCGGCUUCCAGAGCGCUCCGGUGCCGCCAUCUCUGCUGCCGCCACGGCCUCAGGAUGCUCACCCGUUCAGAGCGCUGGAGCAUCAGCCCGAUAACGUUCUUAGAUCAAACCCAAUCUACACGGAAGAAGAGGAGCAGGAGGUCGUGAUAGUGGUGGACGAACUCGAGAGCGUGGAGACGGAGUCAGCGCCCCUCCCGCGCCGCGCCCCCUCGACCUCGUCGGGCUACGGGAGUGGGGGCGGCAGCCACGGCCGCUCGUCGCCAACCUUACCAAAGAAUGAACGCUUCGAGGAGAAGAACGAAGGAUCUCACACGACGUCAUCCGGCACGCCUGAGGGUUCGCUGCCGAGGAGUUUGAAAGAGGAUAUUAGGGCGUGCUUGGGGCAUUAUCGAAGAUGGGAGAAAGACGUGACAGACGUAGUGGACGCGGCUAUCCGCGGCACGGGUGACGUGACGGCGGCUCGAGCGCGGCUCCACGCGGCUCUGCUGGCUCUCCAGGGCCCCCUGCCGAUGCUGCCCAGUAGGGGGCCCUCGCUGCCUUACUGCGGCCCUGGUGUGCGCCCCGGUGACGUCACCAUGAUGCCCAAGACCAAUGAGAUGUCUUUGUUGGCGGCCAGCGCACUCUUCACUCUCGACAAGUCACGGGGCGAAGCCCUAGCUCGUCGCCUGGCGCGGGGGGAGCGCCGCCGCCGCCGCUGCCGCGCCGUCCUCACCCUCAUAGCUGUACUGCUUCUGGUGGCGUCAGUCGGGGCUGUCGAGCUGCUGAUGUCCAGAGGCAGGAGGAUGUUUGGGCUGGUGCUGUGAUUCUGGAGAACGGGACAUGGACAUUGAAAAAUAUGCAACAAAUCAAGAUAAAUCAUUACAACGAAUGGUGCAGAUUCCAUUUCAGUCAGUAAAAAUAAUGUAUAUGGUGUAAUUAAAUUAAUGACGUAGUGUGUUAUUAAUGUUAUCAUAUUUUUUUUUGAAAUGUGCACGUAUAAUAGGUAUUUUAUAAAUUUCAGCUCUUUUUGAAUAUAUAAAAGUAACAUAGGUAGUCGUCAUAAGCUGCUGUUACGAGAAGGUGAGUGUAUAUUUGUAAAACAUAAAAUAGUUUUGUUAUUUUUAGCUCUUAAUUUCCAAGUGAAUCGCAAUAUUUUUUAUUUAGGUAGGUACCU